CUGAGCGUCCUCGUCCUGUCACCGCGGUUGCGCGCAGAUUGACUGAAUGAGCACUGUCAGAGGCGAAGACGGAGCUCGGGCAUCCUGUCUAUAGCUGCACCGGUUUCAAUAUGUUCUCAUCACGACCAGAACUUGAACGUUAAACGCUUCGAGACAUGAUUUGAUGCACUGGUAGUUGUUAUGUUGUCAUAAUCAUAAACUAAAGUAGUAAAGCGCGGCGAUCAUGGGGGACGAGCGCGGCGCCGCCUCUCCGCUCGUCCACCUCGACCUCGACAACUUCGACUCGAAGGAGGCCCGCCGCUGUCGCUACGUGCUCACGAGCCCGCGCUCGCUGGAGUCGUGCGCGCGGCUCGGCGUGCGGCCCGCGGAUCUCCUGCAGCGCUCGCUGUCCGAGUUCGUGCGCGCGCACCGGGACGCGCCGCUGCGCUCCGUGGCGCUGCUCUACGAGGUCUACGAGAGGGAGCGCCGGCGCCGCGUGCGCCUCUGCCGCGAGGAGCGCAGGAAGGUGAUGGAGGAGGGCGCGCUGGAAACCGUGCCCGAGCACGCGGCCGAGAGCCAGAUUUCGGAACCCAGAGCCGGGCGUGCCGGUCGGGACGAGGCCCCGAGAAGAGCGGAUAAGAGGCCCGGUCAGAGAGGCACAACAAGGGGGCGGUCCCUGUCCGUGGAGCGCAGGGGAGCGCCGCGCUCGCGCGACUGCAUCGCCACGAGCUUCAGCCUGGGGGACCUGAGGCACUCGGCGGCCACGAGCCAGAGGCUGGAGCGUCUCGAGCGGGAGAUCCGGAAAGAGAGGAGCGUCACCGUGCCGCACAAGGACCGCAAGAUCGCCGCGCUGAUGCUGGCGAGGCGCGAGGAGGAAGAGCUGCGCCUCAGGAGGAGCCAGCGCGAGGAGGAGCUGCGCGAGGAGGCGCAGCGGCACGAGGCUCUACAGCGCGCGGUUGCCGAGCGUCGCCGGCGGCAAGAGCUGGAGCGCGGCGCGCUGCUCUGGCAGGAGGCGCUGGAGGCGCGGCGGAGGCAGCGCCAGCGCGAGGAGGCGCGGCUCGCCGCAGUGCGCGAGCAGGAGCGCGUGACGCACGAGGAGCGGCAGCGGCGGCUCGCCGAAGAGCAAGGGCGGCGGCGACGGGAGCGCGCGGAAGCGGCGCGCAGGGAGGCGGGCGAGCGCAAGCGCUGCCAGCAGCGGCUGCUCGAGGAGCAGGAGCGGCAGGAGCGCGCCGGGCGCCAGCAGGAGCUCCGACUCGCCCUGGACAAGGAGCUGCGGGCCGGGAGGAGCAGGCGGAGCUGGGAGCGCGCGGAGCGGCGGCGGCGGCGGAUCCACAACCAGCAGCAGAUGCUCCGGCACGUCCUGCUCACGAGGGAGCUGGAGGAGGAGGCGCGCGCCCUCGAGCUCCGGAUGAGAAGCGCCCUCGAGCGGAGGCUGGAGCGCUCCCGGGGGAACCACGCGCAGUGCCUGCAGGCGCGGCACCAGGAGCUGCGGGAGCGCGCCGCCCACGGGGAGGAGCUGAAGGAGCGGGCGCGCACCCGCGCCGGGCAACAGGCGCGCCAGCGGGAGCAGCAGCGCCGCGUGCUGGCCGAGCUGUGCGAGCAGCGCAUGGAGCGCGCCGCGCAGCGGGUCGGAGCGCAGCGCCGCGAGAGGGCCCAGGAGGCUCGGCGCGCCAACGCGGCGCGGGAGCGAGCACACCGCCUUCUCCGGGAGAGGCUGCGCGAGGAAGAGGAGGGCGUCCUGCGCCAGCGGCUGGGCCACAUCGCCCGCAAGGAGCGCCGCCGAGAGCAGCUGCAGCGGGUCCGAGAGGAGGUGCAGGAGAAGGGCCGCCGGCUGGCGCGCGCCUCCUUCCACAUGCGCGAGCGGCUCAAGGAGGAGAGCAGCAGUAGCCGCUCGUUCCAGCAGAUGGCGCUGGAGGCGCAGAUUGCAGCGGCGCUGGACCGGAUCAAGCUCUGAGAGUCUCUCUCUCUCUCUCUCUCUCUCUCUCUCUCUCUCUCUCUCUCUCACACACACUCACACACACCGCACUUUAGAGCCCCCCCAUGGAAGCAAACCCACGUAAACAUGGGUAGAACAUGCAAAUUCUAUCCAGGCUUAGUUGGGUUCAAACCCAAAGCUGUGAGGCACCAGUGCUACCUGCUGCGCCACGAUGAGUGGCAAUACAGUGUUACUUUAGGAACUAUAUUUAUGUGUUAAUUACAUUAUGCGCUUGGGUGUUUGUAUUGUUGUACAGCAGUAAUGAGUUAUACUCAUUGGGAGCAGCAAAGUCCUUUGAAGUUUUUACCCUGUAGCUCUAAGAAGUGACAGUCAGAAUUAAGGUUUUUUCAGUGUUUUUUUUGUGUGAAAGAUUAACAAGAGCUGUGUCAAUCACUCUACGACCAAAGAUAUUUGCAGUAUUUUU